AUGAAAGUUCGAAUGAACAAUGUGAAGGGUGUGCCUGGCAACAACUACAACACACCCAGCACCACCAAGCAACUCAUUGAACGUUGGACACUGUGUGGUGAUGAAAGCAUGUUGACAUUGGAGAGAGAGAAAGUGAUGUUGCGAUUUGAUAUCGAAAUCCCAACCUGUGAUGGAAUUGUUUUCAGGAUCUACAUCAAACCUCUGACAAAUGAUGAUGUAAUCAAACACGUCGUGAAUCACAUGCUGGGGACAUACUAUACAGCCCAAACGGGCGAGGACCCGCUAGGAUGCGGGAGGGCACACACCCAGAUCCCACCCAUGAAGAGUCAAGAUACUACCUCCUGGGCCAGUAAAGGAGUGAAAGCCAAACAAUGUCAAGACCACUGCCAAGUCUCUGAAGCUGCUGAGGGAGAGACUUCUGGUACAGCAACUUCAGAAACUUCAGACUAG